AUGCUCCUCUUUGACCACAACGUUGUGAAAAUCUCCGACUUUGGUCUGGCCAGACGUGUAGGUCAAGCCGACGUGUACGAGAGGACCAGAAAGGUAAGCUGAUGUGUACGGGAGAGGAGCAUAAAGGUAAUUUGUUGCGUAUGAGAGGACCAGAAAGGUUAGCUGAUGUGUACGAGAGAGGACCAGAAAGGUUUACAUGCAUUUUCUCUGUAAUUAUUCUUUUGUGUGUGUGUCUGUGUGUGGUCAUGUCAUUUUUAUCGAAUAUAAUUAAAAUACUUUUUCAACGUAUCAUGUGAGUUUGAUAUAGGAUAAUAGGCCGUGAUGAAGGAAAAAUAUACAGGAUUCGAAUUCAUGUAAUUAUAGCUUUUCAAAAAGUUGGAAGCAAAACUAUAUAAAACAAAUAAAAAAAACCCAACAAAACAGUAAUUUGAUUUUUUUUAAAGUUAAACCUGCUUUCCUAUGCAUUUGCCACAUACUGUCUAAAAGACCAGCUUUACGUUAUCUAUUGCUACUUCAAAUCACAGCAAUUGCCACCUCACAUCAAAUCUGUUGCUUCUUCACAUCAUAUUUAUUGCUACCUCACAUCAUAUAUAUUGCUACUUCACAUCAUGUCUAUUUGCUACCUCACUUCAAAUCUAUUGCUACUUCCUAUCAUAUCUAUUGCUACCUCACUUCAAAUCUAUUGCUACUUCCUAUCAUAUCUAUUGCUCCCUCACUUCAAAUCUAUUGCCACCUCACUUCAAACCUAUUGUUACAUCACACCGUAUCCAUUGGUACAGGGUCUGCUCCCAGUUCGCUGGAUGUCGCCCGAGUCUUUGUUCUACAGCCAGUUCAGCCAAAUGUCUGACGUCUGGUCUUACGGGGUCUUCUUGUGGGAGCUCGUCACGCUGGGUGAGCACAGGGGGGGGGGAGAAAUUAAGGCCAAUACGUCAUUGAUCUAAAAUAAACAGAUUUGAAAACGACUUUUUCAGCGUUAUUAUGAAAAUGAACUGAAAUAUUUUGUCCACGUUUCUUGUUAAAAAAAACAACAACCUUAUCCAAACAUUUCUAGUGGUUGUGUUUUUUAUACAUAACUAAGUGCUUUACAUAAUGGAGUUUGAUUUUGAGAAAAACGUAUUUCAAAAUGUAUCUGAUUUUUGUGUUCCUAAUAUUUUUGUUGAAAUUCAGUUUAAAAAAAAAUAAUAAAUUAUCGUACUUAAUGCUGUGCAUCCAUUCAUGCGACGCUACUGCAGUGGUAGGGCUUUUGCCUGCCUCACCACAUCCUUCCACUCAGACCUGUCAUCCAUCCCCUUGGCACUACAGCCCGUGUAGGGCUUUGGCCUGCCUCACCACACCCUUCCACUCAGACCUGUCAUCCAUCCCCGUGGCACUACUGCCCGUGUAGGGCUUUGGCCUGCUUCACCACAUCCUUCCACUCAGACCCGUCAUCCAUCCCUGUGGCACUACUGCCCGUGUAGGGCUUUGGCCUGCCUCACCACUUCCUUCCACUUAGACCUGAUGUUUUUCUUUACAAUGUCUGUAUUCCAGCCACUGUAGAUCCCUCUCCGCAUCAUCCGUCCAUCUAAGCCUAGGUCUGCCUUCGAGCCGUUUUCCUCUGGAGAUUUGGUGCGCACCCUCUACUCUCCUCCGUCAUUUAGGCAUCCUUUCCAAAUGUUUUACACAUGUAUUCAAAUAGUUGUUUUUAUCUAAAUUAUAUUUUGUGUGUUUUUCGGUAAAGGAUUAUUAUUAUUUUUUCUGGGCACCUUUCCUGGCCUUUGAAAUAUUGAGUGAGGUAUCUUUGUGCGAAUGAGGUAAACAGUGGCCAUGACAGUAAUAUUGCUUACUUAAUAUGGUGUCAUAAUAGCACAAGCAUAUGUGCUGCCAACGCGCUUACGGACAUAGAUGUACCAUACUCUGACAUACAUUGGACAUCUGAAUUUCUUAAGAAAUAUUCCUAUAUUCACCAACCAUACUCUUACCAAUUCAUGUCUACUACUCUGACAAACAACAUGUAACAAUCAUCGACCUUUGCAUGGGACAUAUUCUGCUAUCUUGAAACCUACCUUGACCUACAUGUGUCCUUCUCUGAAAUAUAUGCAUCAUACUCUGAAAUGUAUAUAUAUCAUACUCUGAAAUACACGUAUCGUACUCUGAAAUAUAUGUGACGUCAAUCGGACAACAAUGUAACAUACUCUCAAACACUGGUGACACACUCCGCAGGCUCCACUCCGUAUCCCGGACUGAACACCAACGACGUUCUGGACAAGAUCAAAGAGGAAGAGCUGCUGACCUGUCCACCGCAUUCGUCGGAUGUCGUGUAA